AGGCUUGGGAGUACGACAUCAGCAGAAACGCAUGGAUGUGCAUCUUGCAUUCUGGUAUUUAAGACAAAAGAAAAACCAUGUUUCACAACUUUGGCGUCGGGUACGGCACCCCGAACCAGAUCCUGCACCAGGACUAUGGAGAUGGGGUCGAGCACGUGGCGAGUUUUUCGAAGUCCCGUUCGCUCGUGGACGGGAACAACAUUCCCAUUCGCCCGGGCGACCAGCUGGAACAGAUUCGCGACUUUGAGCUGUAUAUGCAUCACAAAAGUUGUCAUUGGGUCUGGUAUCUUGUCAUGCUGAUGCUAUCGUGUGGAAGAAGGCACACGCACACGUCAAAAGACAGCUACGCACGUUUGCAAGGUUUCUCGCUACUGUGCGUUCAUCGUGCCUACUGCGCAUGAGAAGUCGCGGUUUCGCAUGACGAAGGAGCCGCGCUUUUGCGCAAUGUGCAUGACAGAAUCCAUGACCUUGCAAGCAGCGCAUUGCAAGGAAGUAUGGAAACGCUCAAGUAGAUCAAGACUCAGACAUGUUUGCGAUGCAUACUCUACAAGCGGCAGCAGUUCGACGAGGCCUACCGGACCUACGAGAGUGCACAGCCCUCCAUCGCUCUCAUUUGUCAUGCAAAAUGCCGUAUGUAGUUCUUCUUCUUCCUGCCUUUUGGGACAACGGGUUGCAUGACACAUUCAGCAAAAACAUUACUACACUCGCCGCAGUACUAGCUUGCCAUGCAGGCACUGGAUCCAUGUUAGUUCUACUUCGUUGGUCUUUCUAGCGCUGAUCAACAUCCCUCCCGCCUGCAAAUGAGGGGAAGAGGGCGUGGCGCACGCUGAUAGGACCCCGACCCUGCGGCCCGAAGAAUACGGCAGCCGGGCGCGGUUGGCCGCACAGCAGCUCCUCAACGAGGUGUAUGAUUUGUACAAGACUGUGAAGCGCAACGUCGAGGUUCUCGUACACGAAAUCUUGCCGAAAGCGAAUGAGCUACUGCUCAAGGACGGCGUGGUGCAGAAGUGCGCGGUGUUUGGGUCGGAGCGGAAGCCGCAGGUGGGCGAGUACGAAGCACUGGUAAAGAAGUACGGGACCACGUCCUCUACAGCAGGGGGAAAUAAACAAAAUCAAGUUCUCGCGCUCGGCUUGUCCAAGGAGGAAAAUUUACGGCGGCUGCGGGUCUUUCGCGCGGUGGAGCAGAUUCAGACGUUUGUGAAAAAUUGGACCGCGGACGAGGAGGACCGCGAGGAGCUGGAGAACAGCUUGUCCUAUCUGGACUCGGCGGAUUUGCGGAAAAUCGAGAAGCUGCAGUUUGCGCUCCCAGACGCCGAGGAAGUGUUCGAGUUUGAGCACCAAGGAGUACUAAAUGGUGCCCACCAAGGAGCCAUGGGGAACCAAGAAAUGCUGACCACGGAGCAGAAACUCGCUCUCAACCUCGGGCGGAAGAAGGAGCGCGAGGCGUUUUACGGCAAGCAGCUGACGACGGUGUGGAAGAUGCUAGAGAAACGGAUCAAGCGGCCGUUCGAGGAUCCGUGCCGCGGGCCGCUGCUCGCCGCCUACGGCGAAGCGGAGAAGAUCGCCAACGAGUCGGUGGCGCUGCUGAAGAAAGUGACCAACGCUUACGAGCAGGCUGAGCUCGCAUAUCCAGGAGAAAAGAUUGCUCAGCAUAGGUAUCUAUCAGGUUUGCGAAGAUGCAAAAAUGGAUAGGACAACAUGAGAUUCAUAGCGUCAUGGGCCGCUCCUGCCCGUGAUAAAUGUUGUUUGUGUAUUUGUUAUUGCAUGCCCUGUGCUGUUUUUUCCUCUGCGAUACCGCAAGGCACGGGGUUCUGGACGUGAUUGGCGUGGGCGUGCCGCCCGUGAAAAUCGAAAAGGACGCGAAGACCGGCUUCCUGUACCCGCGCACCGGCACGGGGUUGCCGUUGUCCUCCUCUCCUUCAUCUUCGAACUCCACCUACGGCACCAGCAGGGGCGCAAUCGGUACUACUAGUAGUGCUUCUCCCAGCAGCACAACAAGAACGACCGCCGGCCCCCCACCAGGCCCGCCCUUUUCGCAACUGCCGUCGGUGCCGCCAAAUGACAUGGACAUCGAGUUUGCCAUAUCAAAUGCAAAUAUGUCUGGGUCUGGAAACUUGUAAUGCUGCGUUGGGAGUAGUGAAUGCUCUGCAAUGCACAGCCAAGCAUGAGAAAUACAAAUAUCUGCGCUUCUUUGAGUUGCGUUUUUCGCAUGACAAACUGCGUCUUUGCAUGACAGGCAAAGGCGUCUCUUCUUGGACACGCAUCGCAAACUUUUUGGUCAUGCCAGACAAGCAUGACAAAUCUUGCAGUCUUCCAGGCCCAGACAUUUUUGCAUUUGAUAUGCCACCGACACCCCGGACCCGUACGCAACCGAGGAGGAAACGCUGCGCGCGCACGACGACCCCUUCGGGCUGGAGGCGAAGUACUGGCACCCGCUGGACCCGUUUCACCUGCGCAAAUCGCAGGAGGUCGAGCGGGAGCUGGUGGCCCGGGCGCGGUACGAGCAGGAAAGACAGACCCUGAACCAGGGCACGCCGGAGCCGGGUACCACCAGCCCCGACCGGGAUUUUGCCGCCGGCAAGGACGGCAGCGAGGGCAUCUCCGGGUCCACCCCACCCGCGGAACCCGACAUGGCGGAGGCGCUCAUGGGGAACAUUUCCAACGAGAAUCCGUCCACGGCCGAGUUGCAGAGUUCCGAACCGUAUCAAAUGCAAAAAUGUCUGGGUCUGGAAACUUGUAAUGCUAAAAGUGAAUGAGAAUGAUAGACGCGCCGCAAGACGCAGCUAUGCAUGACAAAUUUUGUGGCUGCCAUGUCUUACGUAUUCCGCAUGGCAAGCUGCCUUUUCGCAUGACACUCAGGAGGGCUCUUUCGUGCCUAUGCAACACAGAUUCUCGAGUCAUGCCAGACAAGCAUGACAAACUUGCAUUAUUCCAGACCCAGACACUUUUGCACUUGAUAAGCCGCAAGCGGAAAGUGGGCCGCGCGAGGAGGACGUCCCCCAGCCGUUCUCGCGCACCACACCACUGAUAACCGCACCGGCCGGCCCGCAGUCCAAGCCCGGGGUGGUCAUGCCGGACAUCUUUCGCUCGAAUCCGGCCGACAUGUUCUAAUGAUGAUUUUGCACCCUCUUUCUGUAGAAGCGUCUGUUGCUUCUAUUGUUCUCUUCAAACUUAUUUCAAGCUCAAGCAAGAUUCGCACGUGGACGUGAUUUUUUGUAAGAUUUGGUUUCGGUAGUUUUGUCUUGCAGCAGUCGUUUCUUAUUUUUGUGCGGUCGCCUAUGCCACUGUUUUGACAUCAUUAUGAAAUAAAACUUGUCUGAAGUUUUGCCGGACUGUUUUGCAGCUGUAUCCUCUUGCGAGAUGUGAUAAACAUAAACGGCCGACGACAACAAGUUGCAUUUGCGAUCGCCAGUCGUCGUAGGAAGUAUCUACAAAAUGAUGUGUUGCAGUUGGAUGUACACUGCGUGUUGCCCAGAACUACACGCAACCUUGAACAGGAAGGCUUUUGUCUUUCGAUCUUCUCGAAGCUUGCUUCCCUGUAGUAGAAGUCGAGCAAAGUCGCAAGGAUAAGGAAGUCGACCGCCGGAGUAAAUAUCAGAAGACGCGCACGGGUCGUGUGGUCUUCUCGCUUUCGUUUGAAACGUUUCGACAAGUUGGAAGUAGAGCGAGCCGGGCCUCAGUUCUCUCAGCCGAGCGCGGGUAGUAGUUUUUGAUAAAGCAGCACACAGACGAACAC